AAGGACGUUAAAAUGUCCACAAUCAAUAAUGCAGGUUCUUUUCCUUAACAUUUCAGCCCGCACUCUCUAGGGAGCGGCGAGUCGUGGUCUGCGCACUCUCCGCCCUGCAGACCUCCGGCUGGGAGUUGGCCUGGCCUGUGCUGCCCGCAGUCCUGAGGAGACCGGCAUGUCAGCUUCGGCAAAACCCCUGGCGCCGGCAGAGCCGGCCCCCGGCCCCGAGGACAAGCCCAGGGGGAAGCCACUCCUUGCCUGGGGCUCUCUCUUGGGCCACCGCAGCGAGAAAAUUGUUUUCACCAGGAGCGAGGGAGCCCCCCAGGAGAACGUGUUCUCCGUAACCAUCACUGAGACCACCGUCAUCGAGUCCGAGCUGGGCGUGUGGAGCUCCCGGGCUCUGCUCUACCUCACGCUGUGGUUCUUCUUCAGCUUCUGUACCCUCUUCCUCAACAAGUACAUCCUGUCCUUGCUGGAAGGGGAGCCCAGCAUGCUAGGUGCCGUGCAGAUGCUGUCAACCACAUUCAUCGGCUGCGUUAAAAUAUUUGUUCCUUGCUGUUUGUAUCAGCACAAAACCCGGCUUUCUUUUCCACCCAAUUUCAUCAUGAUCAUGCUGUUUGUGGGUCUCAUGAGGUUCGCGACAGUGGUUUUGGGUCUGGUCAGCCUGAAAAAUGUGGCAGUUUCGUUUGCGGAGACGGUGAAGAGCUCUGCUCCCAUUUUCACUGUGAUCAUGUCCCGAAUGAUCCUGGGAGAGUACACGGGCUUCCUGGUCAACCUCUCCCUCAUCCCCAUCAUGGGGGGCCUGGCGCUGUGCACGGCCACGGAGAUAAGCUUCAACGUUCUGGGGUUUUCAGCCGCGUUGUCCACCAACAUCAUGGAUUGUUUGCAAAAUGUUUUUUCAAAAAAGCUCCUCAGUGGGGACAAAUACAGGUUCUCGGCCGCAGAGCUUCAGUUCUACACCAGCGCCGCGGCCGUGGCCAUGCUGGUCCCCGCCUGGGUCUUCUUCAUGGACUUGCCGGUGAUCGGCCGGAGUGGGAGGAGCUUCAGUUACAGCCGGGACGUGGUGCUGCUGCUGCUGACGGACGGCGUGCUGUUCCACCUGCAGAGCGUCACGGCCUACGCCCUCAUGGGCAAGAUCUCCCCUGUGACGUUCAGCGUCGCCAGCACUGUGAAGCACGCCUCGACCACGUGGCUCAGUGUCAUCGUGUUUGGCAACAGUGUCACCAGCCUGUCAGCCACCGGCACUGCGCUAGUGACGGCUGGUGUCCUGCUCUACAACAAAGCCAAGCAGCACCAGCAGGAGGCCAUGCACAGCCUGGCUGCGGCCAACAGCCGGACACCGGAGGACGACACGGAGCCGCUGACCCCCAAGGACCCCCGGCCACACCACUGAGCUGUGGAAGCCCCGGCAGGUGCCUGGGGCCCCGAGGUGCUGCCC